AUGCAACUAAAUCCUGUUCAUUCUGAAAUCCUUACUGUUCCUGAACUGAAGUACCCAAAGGAAGAAAAAUGGCAGCAGUAACCACCACGGAAACAGCAUCUCAGUCCCGCGAUAAAGGCGAAAAUGCCUGGGCGUACAAAAAAGACGUCGCCUGGUAUCGCAAAGAUCUCAGUGAAGAUACCAUUGGGGAAACCCGUGCUAUUCUCCAGCAGUACAGCAAGAUCCCACCCGAGAGAGUAAUUGACCAUAUCAAAAAAGUGAGGGAUAAGGCUUGGGAGGUGUACCCUUAUGGAAGCGUUGGUAUGUUUGGGUUUUUGACCCUCAAUAUGCCGUAUAUGCCGGAAUAUGUGGAAAUCCUUGAUCGCCUGCGAACUGGGGAUCAGAAAUUUAUCGACGUUGGAUGUUGUUUUGGACAGGAGAUUCGUAAAUUGGUUUUUGAUGGCGUUCCAUCCCAGAAUCUGUACGGCAUGGACCUACACCAAGGCUUCAUGGAUAUUGGCUACGACCUAUUCUGCGACAAGCAAAAACUUAAGUCGACCUUUAUCGCAGCCGACAUUUUUGACUCUUCUAAUCCGGCUUUUGCGAAAAUUGCGGGUACGAUAGAUAUCAUCCAUGCGGGAUCUUUCUUCCACCUCUUCAGCUGGGACGAUCAAGUCAAGGUUGCUAAGCAAAUCAUUAACUUUCUCAAACCACAAUCAGGCAGUAUGCUAGUUGGUAAACAUGCUGGAGACACCAACCCGGGUCACAAGAGUAGACCAGGACGUCUUGGAAGCAGAUACAGGCAUAAUGGAGAGACGUGGAAGAAGAUGUGGGAGCAGAUUGGAGAGGAAACGGACACUAAGUGGGAGGUUAAAGUAAAUGAGUUGGCUGAUGAUGAGUAUUUUAAGGAUGGGAAGCAGUAUGGGGACUGGGAUUCGGAGACUACAAGGAGGUUGCAGUUUUGCGUGAGGAGAUUGUAGAUGCUCUUUCAGUCGAGACUAGUCAUUGUCCUUUGUCUGUUCUAGAUAAUACAUAGGGCAGAUAGAAUUCCCAUAUAUGAUCUCAUUGGAAUAUUUU